GGCAAAGGGCGCGCCAUGCCGGCCAAUGCGCAAGCCGAGCGUCAGAUUGGCCUCUCGAGGCGCAGCAGGAACCGAAGGGGGAAGUGAAACUGCCCGCUGGCGUCUUUCUCAAAUAAGGGGCGCCCGCCGACCCGUCUUUUUCGGCUCGCGCUGAGAGCGAAGCAGCAGGAGAGCAUGGGGGUCAGCCAGUCCCUGGGGUUGCCUCGUGGGAAGGGAGCCUUCCCGGUGGGCUGCACGGAUGUCAUGGUGGGGCAGACGCCAAAGGGCCUCUUCUUCCGCUUAUUUUACCCCUGCAUCCAGCAGGAUGGGGCAGAACAGCCCUUUUGGAUCCCUCGCUAUGAGUACUACUAUGGAAUCUCUGACUACCUGAACAUGAACAGGAAAUGGUGCGCCCCACUGCUCAGCGUGACUUUCGGUUCAUGCAAGAUCCCUGUGAGCUGGGAUGCUCCUUUUAAACCAUGUUCCCACAAGUAUCCGUUGAUCAUAUUCUCCCAUGGAUUAGGAGCCUUUCGAACUGUGUACUCUGCCAUCUGUGUUGAAAUGGCUUCGCGUGGUUUUGUGGUGAUGGCGCUUGAGCACAGAGACCAUUCUGCCUCUGCCACUUACUUUUGCAAGUUGGAUCCUGAAACGCCAGACUUCCCUGAGGCUCAGAUACGGGAAGAAUGGCUCUCGUAUCAAGGGGUGCCGAAAGGCCAGAAGGAGUUUCGCUUCCGAAACCCACAGCUUCAUCAAAGAGCAAACGAAUGCAUACGAGGACUUAAGUUGAUCCGGAGUAUCGAUACCGGCAAGGAUGUCGUCAACCUCUUGCACACAGAUUUUGAUCUGUCUGUGCUGAAGGACAACGUGGAUUUGUCCAAAGUCUCCGUCAUGGGCCACUCUUUUGGAGGAACGACGGCUGUGCUGGCUCUUGUUAAAGAAGCCCAGUUUAAGUGUGCUGUUGCCCUCGAUGCCUGGAUGUUCCCUUUGGAGAACUCUGUCUACCCGAAAGUGACCAAGCCGGUGCUUUUUGUCAACACUGAGUCCUUCCAGACUGCGGAGAGCGUGGCCAAAAUGAAAAAGAUCAGUGCUGUGAGCAAGGAAACCAAGGUUAUAACCAUCCUGGGUACAGUCCACCAGAGUCAGACGGAUUUCACCUUCCUUGCGGGGAACCUCGUGAACAAAGUCUUCAGAACCAGAGGCACCAUCGACCCCUACCAGGCCCUUGACAUCACCAGCCAGGCCUCUCUUGCCUUCCUGCAGAAACACCUCCAGCUGAAAGAAGAUUUUGAUCGGUGGGAUAGUCUUCUGGAAGGCGUUGGUGAUUCUGUAGUUCCGGACAGCCCUUUGCAGAAGUCCAGCCUCUAGACCUGGGGGAACGGACUUAACUCUCUCAAGUGCUUUUGGCCAGUCUCUGUUUUCCCCAGGUUAUGAAGCUGGGAGGAGCACGUUCUAAAAAUCAGUCGCUGUCCAGACACAGUACCUGCUUAUCAACUUCAUGUGGGUUUCUUCUUGCUGCUGCUACAAGAGUUCCCUAAACAUGUUCCUGAUCCCUCCAGGACUACAGAGAGGUGAUCAGAAAUGCUUCCAUCUUUUGGGCUGAUCUGUCUGUUCCUCUGUGAUUGUUUGGAGGAAUAGAAAUAAGGGUUGUCGCUUUGGGGACCCAUCCUUGAGGAAGUUCUCUUGCACAAAGUCUUGUAGAAA